AAUCGUUUCCGGCGUGUGACCGACCUUGCGUCUUCUAACAGGGACACCAGUAGUUUUUCACGUCAGUUCGCUGAUUUUUUGAUACAUUUUAUUUUAGUAAAUAUGGUUUUCGAGAAGAAAAUGAUUACGUAUGGAGAUCCUGACGAUAAGGAGGGAGACGCACCUGAAGAGGAGGAGGAGGAGGAAGAGGAGGAAAUGGUGGACCCUUUAGAAACCGUACGAGCCAAGUGUGAGCAGACGGCACACUGUGCGCACGCCAAGGAGCGUCUGGAUGCGUGUGAAGCCAGGGUGAACUCCAGGUCCCGCACGACGGAGGAGUGCACAGAAGAGCUCUUUGACUUUCUGCAUGCACGGGACCAUUGUGUUGCACACAAGCUGUUCCACAAGGUGAAAUGACCCGUUGGCUCAGUUCCCUACAGUGCAUCUUUACACAAUCUAUUUAAAUUUUUGAUAAUCACCAACUAUUAAACCUGCUCUGCUGACUCGUGUUGGACUACGUGGACAUUCUUUGUUUGAUCACCUACCAGUUUGUGCAACAGACUUGAAAUGUUGUGUAAAGUACAGCCUGUCACAAAAUUAUACUGUAUUAAUAAAACAAGGAACAAAACA